UAAUGUAAGUUAUCACAGGCUACCUUUGGCAAACCAGAAACGGUUAAAAUGGUUAAAUGCAAUGAAGUUAGAAAAUCCAAAAGCUGUCAAAAAAGGUUCCAGAAUUUGCAGCGCUCAUUUUGAUCAGAGUUCAUUCAGUCGAGAUGUCAGAUCAGAAAUUUUAGGAUUAAAACAACGACGAAAUAAGCUAAAUGAGGAUGCUGUUCCAACAAUAUUUAACUAUAAAACUGCGACUGAAGUGAAUGUCAGGCCAUCCUCAUCUACCCCCACGACAUAUCUAGGCCUAGGAAAGCCCGGGGCUAGCAGCAGCAGCAGACCUCAAAAAACAAAGAUUCACCAGUGUAUUGAUGGAAUAAUUCACUUUCAUUCUAAUAAAAAAAACCAAUACUUAUGUGUCAAUUGCAACACAGACCGAGCCAAUAAGUUCAUCCCUGGAUGAUAGCCUACCAAGUGGUUUUCCAUCAAAUCCCCACCCAAAAACAUCUACACCAGUAAGGGGUCACAAUUCAUCUUUUGGAAGUUUAUUUAGUGGCAUUUCGUCUAAU